CAUUAAUCCGUAACCAUUUUUUAACAUAAUAAUUCUUAAUCAAAACAUGAAUUGAUGUACACAUGGAAUGACAGCUGUAUAUGAGUAUGAAAUAGUGUCUGACAAAGUCACUGUCCACUGAUUCUCAAUUACUAAAUAAAGUUAGAUCAUGGAAAAUAACACUGGUCAUGCAUUUUUUCCUUAAGACAUUUAUAACUGCUAUACUUUUGCUUUCAAAAUAGUAUAUUAUUUUCAGAACCACUCAAGAAACAACCUCUCAACGGUAUGCCUAUAGGAGACGGAAGAUCAAGUCGCAAAGUUUCCAACCACACAUGUACUUUAUUUGCCCCUCACCUCAAGCAGCACUUCUCAGGUUGUGGUUACACUAUUUUUACCAGUCUCUGUGCCAAGAAAAUGUUAGAAGCUCAAAGUUAUCACGUACACACAAAAUUACCUUCAUGAAUGAUAUAGCAUUUGCUUAACUUUCACCUAUAUGUACAAUCUAUAUGUCUAUAUCCAUUCUAUGUAGAAGUCCUUAGUCCCUUACAACAGUUUUAUUCUGACUGUUGUAUGAUUUAUGGAUUUGUAAAGUCUAUUAGCACAGGAAAUCUAAUUUGCAUGUUGGUUAGUUCACCACAACUACUCAACAGAGCACUGAAGUCAAUUCACACGCACAACAGACAACAGAGGAUAAAGGUCGCGUCAACACCGUUGUGCACUCAUCUAGUGAUGUUGGGUUUUCAGGCUGGAUUCUGUCAUAAAAUCAGAAAAUGGUGAUAAAAUAACGAUGGGGUGUCUAACAAGCAGACUGUGGCGUCGAUCUGCUGUUCACAGACUGGAGGAUCCUGUAUUGACGUCUGAUGGGUGUUUGACUGCAGGAAAUCACAUGCACAUGGCAGUGGCUUUAUGCAACUUUCCACCCCACAGGUCUGAUGUACAUACUAUAUUUUUAGGAGACAGACUGAACAUUAUAUCCGAAGAUGAUGACAUGUUGAGGGUUAGUUCUACAUCAACUGGCACAGCGUUUUUCAUUCCUCACACGUACAUUUCCAAAGUGUACAAUCGCUGGCUGUUUGAAGGGAUCACCAGGAGAAAUGCAGAACAACUUCUUAUGCUGCCUCAAAACUACUCUGGAUGUUUUCUAAUUCGGGAAAGCCAGUCAUGCCCUGGUUCCUACUCACUCUCAAUACGACAAGAUAGAGACCAUGUGCACAAUGUAAAGCACUACAGAAUCCAUCAGCUCGACAACAACUGGUUCUAUAUCCACCAUAACCGUACCUUCUCCACUCUCACCCAGCUGGUAGACUAUUACUCACGACCUUUUAAUGGAACGUACUGUCAGCUGACUGAACCUUGCUUACUUCAUGACUCGAACACAACUGUAGCGCAUAUACCUUCACCAAUAGCAUUCCAGAGGUCCAAUCUUAACUGGAAAGAUCUGUCUAGGUCGAUGAUUCAAAGGCAGUUAAAGGGGACGGAUCACGAGAGUCUGGUUAGUGAAGGACUUCGAGAGUCUAUGAAUUCAUAUUUUUACAUCACAGAGGAGUUGAGCUGUGAGGACUGAGUGACAUCCAACAAAGAACAGAUAUUGAUUUACAUCAUUUAGCCUUAAUAAUAGAUGUUUGAUGGGCAUUUUGACCACGACGCUCUGUCCUGUACAAAAACAUUCUUAAGCCUGAUUAAUGAUCAUGGUAACACUUUACAAUAUGGUCUCAUUUGUUAACAUUAGUUUAUGUGUAAACUAACAUCAAUAUCGAGGAAUAUUUUUUUUACAGCAUCUAUUAACCUUUGUAAACGUUUUAUGUUCAUGUUAGUUCACAGUGCAUUACUCAUGUUGACAGAUACAACUUUUGAUCUUAAAAAUGUAGUAGUAAAUGUUGAGAUUAACAUUAACUGAUUAAUAAAUGCAGUAGAAUUAUUGUUCAUUCUUAGUUCAUGUUAGCUAAUGUAGUUAACUAAUGUUAACAAAAGAAACUUUAUUGUAUAAUCUUUUGUUAUUUAUUUAAUGAUCAUUUUGGUUUUAAUUUAAUUUAAUU